AAUGGCGGCUGCCUUGUGCAGUUCGCGGAGUGCGCUGAGUAACAAUCCAGGAAGUAAAGCACCCAAAGACCAACGGAAAACCCGGGAUUCCAAGCGACGGCAGGCUGCUCUCUCCUUCCUAAGCAACAUCUCUCUGGAUGGGCGACCCUUGUAUCAGUUGAGCAACGGAAACCCGCUCUCGAGACAGGCCGAUGUUAACGAUCAGGAAAGGGGGACAGCAGUUGAGGCUGCUGGUCCCCAGUCUUCCACGGCCGCGUCUGGAAACCCCCUCUGCUUAACCCCAUUAGUCAGCGGCUUGCCCUCCACUCCGACGCCGAGGCCUGCCCAGUCUAACGAACCUCCACUUCUGGUGCUCCCCAAAGACAGCUUAUUAGGGAAGGAGGUAUUUUUGGAAACGGGCCUUUUGACACAGACAGGAGCCCUGUUGUCUCCACAGAGCGCACCGCUGCACCCCCCUCAAGUUGGCAGCAGCACAAAGCCACAGACACACCUCUGCAACUCCCUGGGUCUCGAAACCUUCAGGCAAAGAUGUCGAAACUUGUCAGCAUCUUCGCAUCCAAGGGGUCUAAAGAAAGUACAUUUUAUCAAGAAUAUGCGGCAAUAUGACAUCAGAAGUAGCAGGAUUGUUCUCAUCUGUGCCAAAAGGUCUCUCUGUGCUGCAUUUUCAGUGCUACCUUAUGGAGAGAGCUUAUAUUUCAGUGACCCCACACUGGAUGGACAGAGACAACGACAUUCUUCUGGUGGCACACUUUCCAACCUAGAAAUGGUUCCAAGUCUUGAAGGAGUAGAGCUUGGUGCAGAUGGAAAGACUGUUUCAUAUGCCAGAUUUCUGUAUCCAACAAAUGCAUUAGUCAAGCAGAAGACACCAUCAUCUGAGCCCACCGUGACAAUUCAAACACCUAGAACAAGUACAGCACGAAAUUUUACUUCUGCACGAUUUAGUAGUACAGUUGUGGCAUCAGAACCAGGCGGUGAUGCUGUGGUGUUACCAGAUUAUGAUCCUAAUCUUCUAAGUGAUCCCCAGUGGCCUUGUGGGAAACAUAAACGAGUACUAAUCUUCGCAUCUUAUAUGACAACAAUAAUAGAAUAUGUAAAGCCAUCUGAUCUAAAAAAGGAUAUGAAUGAAACAUUUAAAGAAAAAUUUCCUCAUAUAAAGUUAACUUUGAGUAAGAUAAGAAGCCUCAAGGAAGACAUGUGGAAUGUGGCUGAUGAGUGUGGAUUACAGCCAGUAACAGUAGCAAUGGCAUAUGUCUACUUUGAGAAGUUAGUGCUUCAGGGACGGCUGAACAAGCAGAAUCGCAAACUGAGUGCAGCAGCCUGUGUGCUGCUAGCAGCCAAAAUCAGCAGUGAUCUGAAAAAGCAGGAAGUUCGGCAACUUAUUGAUAAGCUAGAAGAAAGAUUUCGCAUAAACCGAAGAGAGCUGAUUCAGUUUGAAUUUACGGUCCUAGUAGCUAUGGAAAUGGCUCUUUAUCUUCCAGAAAGCAAAGUAAUGCCUCACUACAGACGACUUGUCCAGCAAAGUUAGUAAUAAGUUGAAUUUGGGGACAAAUUUGGAUAUAGACCAGUCCUGACAUGAUACAGUUGGAAGAAUAAGGAUUGUGACACUUUAUAAUUUGUCUGUACUGGAAUUUUUCCAGUUUAGCAAUUUGCAAUAACAAGCACCUUAUCAAAAAUAUCAAGUAUAUAUGUUAUAAAUGAAAAACAGCCUUUUGUUUUGUAUCAACUGUGCUUCAUCUUCAGAAUAAUGCAUCUCAAAACAUCUGAUAAUGGCCAAGUCCAUAAAAAACCUUUUGUGGGUUUAGGAAUAUGUUAAUUUCAAGGUAGAGUUCAUUGACUCAUUUAUAGCCAGCUCAUGCGUCCUCCCUGAAAUAUUAAAUUCUCUUUACUAUGUUUGAAGUUAUCUUUGUUUUAAAGAUAAAACCUAUAAAUAUAGUUUUAAAGUGCAAAGAUGGUGAAUAUUGAAAUGUAUUUUAAAGCUGAAUAGACAUCUUUAAAUGACAUAUUAUUUUGUUAUCAAUUUUAAUUAUUUGUUAGGGUGGUGUCUAUCAAACUGAUGGAGGACAGCUAUUGUUACUGAAGACUAAAUCCAGUAUUUUUUCCAUCUAAACCCUAAGACACUUUUUACAGUUAGUACAUACUACACAAAAUUGGCAAGUAGAUUUGCAUUGUGUAGUAUUACCAUUUUUAAAUAAACUACAUGUUAUGUGACUUGUUAAUAGAAAUUUCUCAGACAUGUAUUCACCACAGAAAUGGACCAGAAGUUUUUUUUUUUCUUGUUGCAUUGAAACCAUUAAAUAUGGUACACUGUGCUGAGUUUGAAUGCUGUGUGUCCUUGUUAAAUAUUUAUUUAUCCUGCAAGGUACAAAAACUGUUAUUCCCUUAGCAGUGCUCUGUAUACAGUAUUGAGCAAUAUUUGAAACAACUUCCAAUAAUUCAACAUCAUGUCCUCUCAAUGCAGUGCUCAGGGUGUGAAGUGCUCUGAUGAAAACAAAAUGUGUCCAAAGAAGGUUCAGAGCAGUCUUCCUGUUUCUAAAAUUAAAUUGACUUGUACUUUUUCUUUCCAGUUGAUUUACAGACAAUGUUAAAAUUAUUUUUUUGUUGUAAUAAGUUUUAUAUUAUGUUCAAUUUCCAUGGCAAUAAUAUUUUAAAUUAUCUCUUCAGUAUACCAAGGGUUUUAUGCAAUAUUUCACAUUAAUUUAUUGAAAGCAGUUAUUUGUUGGUCUUCCAGUCCAAGCCCUUCUGAAAUAUGAUUUAAUUUUAAUAUGGGCAUUUAUAGUUUAAUUUCUUGUUUUAUAUAUUUAAAUAUAUAAAGCAAAUUUUAGAGUAAUGUUUUUUUUCUUAAGUUAACACACCUGGAUGCAGUUUUCCUGCAUGUCAUUGUAUUUCCAGAAUUCUUCUGUAUAUACUAUUUAUGUGAGUAUCAGGACAAAGGGAUUUUUUUUUACAUAUUUAAUGUUAUUUCAGAGUUAUUUGUUGUUAAUUUUUAGAUAUGAUUCUUAGUUACUGUAUACACAUGCAGUACUGUAGUGAACAUAAAAUACUAAGUAAUGUUACUGACAUUUUGUACAUUUAAAUGUG